AUGUUAAAUAAAAUAAUUAAAGGGAAGAUUCUUGCUCUUUAUGAGUUAAAUUGGACGAUAAAAGAUAUUGCAGAUCAUCUAAAUACUCCAAAAUCGACAAUCGGAGAUUUUCUUCGAAAAUUCAAAAAAUAUGGAACUAUUGAUAGGAUUCCUGGUUCUGGGCGUCCUAAAAAGCUUCAAAAAACAGACGUUGAAAUUUUAUUGCAUCUUGUUGAGUGCGAUCCAAAAAAAUCUUCUAACACGUUGAGGAAUGAAAUAAACCAUUUAACUGGUAAGAGUGUCUUUAGAAAGACAAUUGGAAAUUACUUAAAUUCCAAUUUUCUCUUCGGAAGAGUAUGUCAACGCAAACCGUUGCUUUCGAAGAAAAACAUAAUAAAAAGAUAUGAAUUGUCAAAAAUUUUGAUUCGGAUGAACAAUGACGCAUGGAAAACUAUUAUUUUCUCUGAUGAAGCAUCUUUUCAGAUUUUCCUACUAAAAAAAGGCAAUACAGUUAUCGAAAAAAAAGUUCACGUUAUGAAUUGA